AUGUCAAUGGGUAGAGGAAUGGAAAGACGCCGAGAUGCGGGAGAUCGUGGGACAGGUUCUGAAGAUGGCGCGCCGCAGCCAUUGGUCGUGGACAGGCAGCUGAGGGUGUGGAGGGCGCGGCAGGAGAUGGGGGAGCAGAUGGUAGCGGCGGCGGCGGCGGCGGUGGACUAUGUGGUCAAUGAGCUUAAUGAUCCGCAGGCGGAGCCUGAAUGGGAGGGGGUGCAGCUGACACCAGAGCGGGAGCGGGGACUGGACCUGGUGUUUGAGCUGAAGCUGGAGCUGGAACAAGAACGGGAACGGGAGGAGGAGUGGGAGCGGGAAUGGGAGCGGGAGCGGGAGAAAGAGCGGGAGUGGGAGUGGGAGUGGGAGAGGGAGAGCAGAGGCACGUCCGUGCGUGUAUUUUGGCAAAGGUGGGUGCCGGAGUGGGAGCAGGAGCGGAGGCGGGAGCGAGAGCUGGAGUGGGAGCGGGAGUAUAGGCCAGAGUGGGAGUUGAAGCUAAACGCACCUGAGGAGCGUGAAGGAGCAUCUGGAGCAGGAGUUAACGCAGGCAGAACCAGAUCGGCAGCACAGUUCGAAGAGGGUGCUGGAACAGGUGCUGUGCAAACAGGCUCGGUUGAAGGAGCCGAGGCACAAGUACCGGGAACUGAAGCAGCGGCUGAAGCACCUGAGCGAGGAGGAGGCGACGCUGCAGGCGAAUCUGGAGAAGGCGGCACAAUAAGACCUGGAGACGGCGAGGACUGGGAGGUUAUUCCGACUCGGGCCGCAAGGCAUUCCGGAUCCGGACAAGGACGUGAAGCUCUGCUGGACGUCAUACUCCGCAACCACACCACAUUCCACGCCCAAUCGCCAUAUCUCGACGCACUCCUAGUUUUCGCUUCGCUAUUCUCUGUCAUCCUCGCCGUCCUCCUCAUAGACAAGCACCAAGGGUUGCAAGAGGACCUGCUCUUGGAGAUCCUCCAUCGUCUCGCUGCCAGCCUGCUUGGCCUGAAUUCUCCUCGUCGUGCUCACCAAACCACUAGGCCGGCAAUGGACGCUAGCUCAGCGAAGAACAGCCUAGGCAAAGGCUAUAUUUUCGGCCCCCAGACACCUGCGUCGCAGAUACACGCAAGUCAAGCGUAA